GAAGCAAUUCGGAAAAGGAAACAGAACAUGCAAGUGAAGUGCAGAGCACACUGGUUGUGUUGCAUGCAGUAGCUUGCUAGUUCAUUCAUGUAUUAAUUUGCCUUCUCAUUUGGAAAUUCUCGUCGCUCAUUCAUAUCACCGUUCUAGCGUCGACUGCAACCUGUUUUUAGCAUAGUGAACUGCAAGAGAGUGAGUUUGUAUCUGCUUGUGGACAUGUCGUCAAGACCUGUAAGAUUGUGGUAUGACAUGUACUCAUGUUGGCCAUUUUCUGUGAACCAGAUAUACAUGCGAUAUAGGCGGCCAAGAAAGGAGAAGAAACCGACAACGACCGUCGAGGAGAAGAAGUUGUUUCUGGAGCCGCAAUAUACCAAAUCACAGGUGAUAGAUCUUGAUAUACGAGAACUCGUCAGGCUGCCCAAAGGUCUUGAGCUAAAUGAAUGGCUGGUAUCUAAUUGUUUAUCAUUUUUCAAUAACAUUAAUGUACUGUAUGGUGUAGUGUCCGAAUUCUGUACUAACGAAUCAUGUCCGAUAAUGAUUGCUCCUUGCAAUACUCAGUACUUUUGGUAUGAUGAUAAAGGGCGAAAAAUGAAAUGCACAGGUCCACAGUACACAGACUAUGUGAUGAGUUAUAUACAAAUGAACAUACAAGAUGAAACAGUCUUUCCUGUUAAAUAUGGUCAAGUCUUCCCUAGCAAUAUUGAGAGUAUUAUGCAUAAGAUUCUACGAUAUUUAUUUCACGUGCUAGCUCACAUCUACCACUCGCACUUUGAGCAGCUCGUCUUCUUCCAACUCCAUGCCCACCUCAACUGUAUCCUUGUUCAGCUUGUCCUAUUCUCGUACGAGUUCAACAUACUAGAUUCCAAAGAGUUCACUGUACUAGAAGAUUUAAUUUCGGAAUUAAACAUCAUGCCAUCUUCGGAUUCUCACAAGGCAGCAGAGGCGUCAUAAAGGAGAGAUUUUGAUUGACUGCUAUAAAUUAUAUAUUUUUCAUAACAUUUUUUUUGACAAUAUUUAUCUUUUUUUUGCUUUUUCUAAAAUGCAAUUUAUCCUUUUUUGCAACAUAAACUACUCUUGAUAAAUAUUCAACAUGAUAUAAAAUUGUAAAGUAAUAAUUUUUGAAGCUAUGUAUUUUGCAUUACUGUAUUAUUCUAAAGGGCUGUUCACACUAUUGUGUUUUAUGUAAUAAACAUGUGUUUUUGCCUAUUAUGGGUGUGAUAUAACAUUUUCAUAAUCAUCAUCAUCAUCAUUAUCGUCACUAUCAUCAUCAUUAUUAUCAUUAUCGUCCUGAUCAUUAUCAUUAUCAUCGUCAUCAAUACCAUCAUUAUCGUCAUUGUGAUCAU